CCAGUUCACUUUACCCAGCCAAGUAAAGAUAAAAUUUCAAAUUCCAGAAAUACCCUCCAUCCUCCACACGCCACAAUUACCCGUUUCCUUCUUUCUCCUCUCUCUCUAAACUCCAACCCCCGCCGAAAUUUCGGUUAAUUUCAAAGCCCAGGAAAAAUGGUAUCGGACUCGGAACUCCUGACCCGGCUCAGAGAAAUCCUCCGCAGUUCGGACCUAGACACGGCCACCGCCGGCAGCGUCCGCCGGAAACUCGAAGCCGAUUUCGGAGUUGAUCUAUCGGACCGGAAAAAGUUUAUCCGGGACCAAAUCGACAUCUACCUCGAGACCCAGACCAAACCCCAAGGCGAAGAAGCAGAGGAGGAGGAUGAGGUCGGUGAAUCCUCGGAGAAUGCAGAACAGAACGACGACGUUAAGGAAGAAGACGAAGAAGAAGAGGAGGAGGAAGAGGAAGAGAAGGAAAGCAAAAGUAAAAGGAGAAAAACUGUGGAUAAAGUUGUUGUCAAAAGAGGUGGCUUCAAUAAAAUAUGUAGCUUGUCUCCACAACUUCAAGAAUUUGUUGGGGUGCCCGAAAUGGCAAGAACAGAGGUGGUCAAGAGAAUUUGGGCCUAUAUCCGGGAAAAGGAUUUGCAGGACCCAAAAAAUAGAAGAAACAUUAGAUGCGAUGAAUCACUACAUUCCCUGUUCCGUGUUAAUUCUAUUAAUAUGUUUCAAAUGAAUAAAGUCCUCUCCAAGCAUAUAUGGCCACUUAGCAGGGAAGAUGAACCUGUAAAGCAAAAGAAGAAAGUGGAAGAAAGUGAUCAUUCUAUCUCUGAAGGAGAUGUAAGUAAUGUAGCGGAACAGGAGGAAGAAGAGGAGGUGGAGGCUAAAAAAGUUAGUAGACGAAAAGAAAACAAGAAACGAAGGUCUACUAAAGUGGAUAAAGAAGUCAAGAAAAGGGGAGGUGGAGGUGGAUUUACCAAAUUAUGCAGCCUUUCUCCAGAACUUCAAAAGUUCACUGGAGUGUCAGCAUUGGCCAGAACAGAGGUCGUGAAGAAACUUUGGAUUUAUAUCCGGGAGAACAAUUUGCAAGAUCCAAAGAAUAAACGAGAUAUAAUAUGUGAUGAGUCAUUGCGUGGCCUUUUUGACGUUGAUUGUAUCAAUAUGUUUCAAAUGAAUAAAGCUCUGUCCAAGCACAUAUUGCCCUUAAGUGAAGAAGCAGCUCCAGACAACACUUCACAAAAGGAAAAGCAGUCUGAAGAGGAGGAAGAAGAAGGAUCCGACUGAUAAGUGGAGAACCGUUUGUGAUGAUAAGCUAAAAGAACUUUUCGAGGUCGACUCUUUCAAUGGCUUUCUCAGUCUCAGAUGUUCUGACUACUCAUUUUCAUCAAGAUGGGACAAGAUUGACGCCGAAGUGUAAAUGCUUUGAGCCCAAUUGAAAGAGGGCAGUUUUGGACUAGUUGUUAUCCUUUCUGUAGAUUUGUAGUUUUCAUGCUCCUAACAUCUUCAAGCAAUGGAAAUACAAAUUUUGUUAAAACUUGUUCUUGCUUACAAUGCUGCCCUCACAGGUUCUUUUCA